AUUACCAUUAUCACUACCACCACCAUUAUCAUAGUCAUCAUCAUCGUCAGUAUCACCGUCGCUAUCGUCAUCAUCGCCACCGCCACCGCCGUCGCCAACAAAAUAAUCUACGGGAUUUGUGUGUCUGUUUGAUCUGUUUCGGUUUUUGAUUUGGAUCCUACACAUAAGUGCCUAUACUAAAGUAAAUUUUUUAACUAUUCGAAGCAAAGUGCAACGGCUGUACCGGCGAUAAAACAGGCAUUUCUUUCGUCAUUAAAUCCUCCUUUAUUUUUCUUGCGCUACAUUCGUACAUCGCUUAGUGCAAUUACACGCAACGGCGUGAAUAUAACCGCGAGUGCAACCAUAGCCGCUGUCACUACCACCAUCGUCUCGUCGUCAUCGUUUCCGCUGCCGUCGUCGUCGUUGUCGUCGUCACCGUCGCUGCCGCUGCUGCUGCUGCCGCUGUUGCCAUCGCCGCCGCCUUUGCCUUCAUCUUCGCCUUCGCCUUUGCCUUCGCCUUCACCUUCGCCUCCGCCUCCGCUACCGCCUCCCCCCCCGCCCCCGCUGCUGUCGCCUACAACGUCAAAGCAGCCGCCGUAGCAGCAGCAGCUAACACUGCCACCGCCAGCGCCGUUGCUGCCGCUGUUGCCGCCACCGCCGCCGCUGUCGUCGCCGCCGUUGCCGCUGCCAUCACCGUCGUCAACCUGAAGUACGGAACGCGUUCUUCACGAAAAACUGUGACGUGCCAAUUAAUUAUGAGUUUUACGACAUUUGGGGGGAGAUCCUGACUGUUUUUCUCGGUGUUACCGUCACAACUGGUAUUUCUUCAUCGCCGAAACAACGAAUUUGCUAAAUUAAUAAUCCCGGUGUAAGAAGAACAGAUUCGGCACAGCUAUGGCAGAAGGAAAUGGAGAAAUAAAAAUGGAAGAAAAACAAGAAAUAGAAAAUGUGGAACGGACAGAAGAUUUUAACAAACUCAUGCAAUAUGGACUAGACGAGAAAGUGGCUGCCAAAUUGGAUGAAAUUUACAAGACGGGAAAACUGGCUCAUAUCGAUUUGGAUGAAAGAGCUCUCGAUGCCUUGAAAGAAUUUCCAGUUGACGGUGCGCUAAAUGUGCUCACACAAUUUUUGGAAUCUAAUCUAGAGCAUGUAUCCAAUAAAUCGGCGUACCUUUGUGGAGUAAUGAAAACAUACAGGCAGAAGAGUCGCGCUGGUCAAGGUACAGGUACUAGUACGACGCCCAAGGCUCCAGAUGAAGACAAAAUCAAGUUGAUUCUGGAACGAACAGGAUACCCUUUAGAUGUAACUACUGGGCAAAGAAAGUAUGGUGGUCCUCCACCAAAUUGGGAAGGUCCAACUCCUGGUACUGGUUGUGAGGUAUUUUGUGGCAAAAUCCCAAAAGAUAUGUAUGAAGAUGAAUUAAUUCCAUUAUUUGAGAAAUGUGGGAAAAUUUGGGAUUUGAGACUGAUGAUGGAUCCCAUGUCAGGUUCCAACAGAGGAUAUGCAUUUAUUACAUUUACUAACAGGGAAGCUGCGCAACAGGCUGUUCGAGAGCUCGAUAAUCACGAAAUAAAACCCGGCAAGAGUCUGAAAGUAAACAUUAGCGUUCCUAAUCUACGACUUUUCGUGGGGAACAUACCAAAGUCAAAAGGCAAAGAGGAGAUCUUGGAGGAAUUUGGUAAAUUAACAGCUGGCCUGACAGAGGUGAUUAUCUACAGUUCACCGGAUGACAAAAAGAAGAAUAGAGGUUUUUGCUUUUUGGAGUAUGAAUCUCACAAAGCAGCUUCUUUAGCGAAGCGAAGGCUGAGUACCGGACGUAUCAAAGUUUGGGGAUGUGAUAUUAUUGUCGAUUGGGCUGACCCUCAGGAAGAGCCAGAUGAACAAACCAUGUCCAAAGUGCGUGUGCUUUACGUACGAAAUUUGACACAAGAUUGCUCUGAGGAGAAGCUGAAGGAAAGUUUUGAACAGUAUGGCAAAAUUGAGCGAGUGAAAAAGAUCAAGGAUUAUGCCUUUAUUCAUUUUGAAGAUAGAGAUAAUGCUGUUAAGGCAAUGAACGAAUUAAAUGGUAAGGAAAUGGGUGGAUCCCAUAUAGAAGUUUCAUUGGCAAAACCACCAUCCGAUAAGAAGAAGAAGGAAGAAAUGCUACGUGCCAGGGAAAGACGAAUGAUGCAAAUGUUACAGGGUAGAGGCGGUGGAUCUCCGUCUCACCCGAGCAUGAUGGGUGGACCAAUGCCAGUUCGUGGACCUACACAGGGACCUCGGGGCACUGGUGCAGGUAUGCGUGGACAGAUGGGACGAGGCGAUUACGAUUAUGAUUACGACUAUUACGGUUAUGGGGAUUAUCGAGGUGGCUACAGUGAUCCCUAUUAUGAUGACUAUUAUCGAUACGAAGAUUACUAUUUCGAUUACGCGCCGCCUCCGCCGCCUGCCAGAGGGAGAGGCAGGCAGCCUCAACCGGCUGGACGUGGCCGUGGAGUAGUGCCACGUGGCCGAAUCGGUGGCCCGCAAGCCCGUGGGCCAGUCAGGGGGGGACGCAACCCCGCAGCUUCAGGGGCCCGUGGGGUCCAGCGGCUGGCCGCUCGUGGGGGGGUCCGCGCCAAGGGAAGUUUACCAGCAGGUAAACGAAAAUUUGACGGGGGUCACCAGAACCAGGGGGAAUCUAAACGUCGCUUCCAGAGCAAUUGGGGAAACCAGCCCCUCGCCCAACAACCGCUGGGCAAUGCAUAUGGAUUGGCGAGUGUAAAUGGUGGCAGCGGUGGUGGUGGCGGUGACAUAGCUUUCGGAGGUAGGGCCGGCACACUCGGUGGUGUUUCCGGCGAUGAUCACGAAUGGUAUCAAGACUCUUAUCAAUCAUGGAGCUAACUUUUGCAAUCUUGUGAGUGAUGAGAAAUAAAGAUACGCACGAACAAAUGCAUGAUAAACGAAGUGAGGAAAUGUAUAAAAUAAGGGGAAAAGAUCAGACUGACAAAACAUGGAAAUAAGGGGGGGGGGGACUCAAGACAAAGGGAAGGAAAAAGAUCAUCCAUUUGUAUUAUUAUCACUUUUAAUCGAAUUCAAGUAAUUGUAAAUGUUUUUUCAUAUUAAUGAUACAUAGCAACAACUGUUCUGCGCCACCACCAUCGCCCGCUGUUGUUGUGAUUAUGUACAGUGAUGUGCCACUGAGACUAAUUAUUACGUCGGAGUGUGACCACCCACCCACCCCGUACUAUUAUUAUUAUUAUUAUUAUGAUAAUACUAAUCUAAGUACUACUACUGCAUUGUCACAUUGUUUACUGCCAAGUGAAGAUCAGCGAUGUUGACAUAGGGAUUGUGAUGGCUUGUAUUAGUUAAGAGAGACUCAUGGAAGCCUAUGGUUUUUAUUACGUGAUGGUUAGAUAUUUUGAAUCUAUGUGACGAAGCAUGUGUGUUAGAUAGGUUAAACGAACGAAAUAAAUAGCGCGAAGAAAAGAAUGGAGAAGUUACAAAUGAAGAAAUUGAAGAGAUGGAAAUCCAACUUUGGGGAAACGAAAAACAUAAUUAGACAUGUAAACAAGUAGAAGGCAUAGGGCGAGAAUGUUUAGUGAGUAUGCGAGAGAGAGUGAGAGAGAGAGAGAGAGAGAGGAGGGAGGGAGGAAGAGAGCAAGACGUUGUCUUUAAACAGAAUGUGUCUGUGUGUAUUUGUGCGUGGAGCACGCUCAGUGUGCCGCAAGACCUUCUAUUGUUGGUCUAUAAACAUGUACAGUCAGUGAAACUAUUAUUAUUAAGUCACACAGGCAAGGUUAUGCGAAAGUUAGCGAGUAUGAAAAAACGGCUCUGCGAAUGUCUCCCAGAUUAGAUUUUGAUUAUCAGUCAUGCGAGGGUUCUAUUGGGUAAGAAAAAGAAAAGAAAAUGAAAAAAAGGAGUAUUGCUCACACAAUCGAGAGGAAAUCCACUUGUACAGUAAAUUUUUCAAUGACAGUAUCCAAGUAGCAAGGCAAACUCGGAUCUAAAUUAUAAUAUAUUUAUUUGUUAAUGUGUUUCUUUUUUAUAUUUGAAAAAUUAAAAAAUCGAUCGUUGAAUGCAAAUGUCUAAAGUAAGUCUAUUCCCUUUGAAAGGGAAACGAAAAAAAGAGUGUAUUGUUUCUUCUAAAUUUUAUGUAAAAAGUAAAUUUGUUUCUUGUAUUCUUUUAUGAAAAAAAAAAAGAAUGAAAGAGAAGUUUUUAAAGAUGACUGACUACGAAUUUGAUAAUGAUAGUCACAGAUUGAGGUAGGAUGUAAAAUGUAAUGUUUACAAAAUGCAUGAACACAUACAGCACACAUUUUGAGUGUUGACUUGUUGUUAUUGUUAGUCUGUUAGUUAAUUAGUAAGAGUUGUAAGUGCGGGCUGUAGUUGGUCCCUGUCCCUGGAGCCCAGACACCCCCUGUUCUGGAUGAUUUGAAAAAGGGAAGGAAAAAAAGGAAAACAUAACACAGAUCAUUUGUAUUUUACACACACCCCCGGCAUAUGAAAACAAAUACGACGUAAAGGUAAAAGAAAGGGAAACGAAAAAAAAGAAUAUCCUAAUAACGGACAUAAUAGCAUAUCAAACUUCUGUUGUAACACACCAAAUGAGACGACACAUACAACUGCGUACAAAUAUACUGAACGUAUGUGUAUGCAUCCACUUAUUCAUCUACAUACGCGCAUACACAUACGCAUGCAUGCUCGUACGCAUAUAUGCAUACCACAUACGCGCGUGCGCGUGCGCGCACGCGUGACACUUUAGAUAUAACAGUUAUACACACAUCAUCCGUCGAUCCUACUGUUGUACUCCAAUCCGAAAACACACACACACACACACACACACACACAUAAACCGAAUUCAAUUCUAAAGGUCAUCCAAUAUAUAUUGGAUUGGAUUUACUACAAUAGUAGAGUUGACAGAUGCUGUGUGUGUGUGUGUGUGUGUGUGUGUGUGCGCGCGCGCGUGCGUGCGUGUGUGCGUGCGUGCGUGCGUGCGUGCGUGCGUGCGUGCGUGCGUGCGUGCGUGCGUAUGUGUGUGUCUGUGUGUCAAUCAUCUGUCGACUCUGCUGUUGUACUAAUGUGUGUACACAUACAUACAUAUAUACACACACACACACACACACAUUGUAUGUGUAUGUGUGUGCGCGCGCUCGCGUGUGCGUACGUGUGUGUGUGCGCGUGCGUGUGUGUGAGAUACGAUAUUAAAUUUAAUUUGAUAUUGAACGAUUGAACCGCAAAUUGACCUGAGACUACAAAAAAGAUCAUAUUAUUCCACCGUAAUGUUAUUACUGUGAAUGAUUUACAGACUUACUAACACGCACACGUGCGCGCGCGCGCGUACACGCACGCAGGCAACAAUACGAAAAAAUGUGAAUUGACACACCGAUGGACAAAAUGUCUGGAUAAUAAUGAUAGAUUGUUCGCUCGAUCUCGUGUUUUACGAGCAUUUUGUUAAUUUUUAUUCAUGUUUUACUUAAGUCUAAUUCUUCAUCAUCGAUACUGUUCUAUUGGUAGCGAUGAAUAUAACCGCAUCUAGUAGUAACGAUUAGACAAAAGAAAAAAAUUUCCCCUGUUCUUAUAUACAUGUCUUGUCCCCAGUAAUUGCGAUCAUUGUUUUUAAAAAACGAAAAGAAAAAAAGAAGAAGGAAAGGAAAGGAAAAUCCGAAAGCAAAUUAUGUAAAUUGCGGUUUGCGUUUAAAUAUCUUCAUUCCUUUUCAUUCCUCUCAUGCCCCCUCCUCCCUUUUCCACCGUCCCUGAUUACUCGCCAAUCAUAUUUUAUAUCUACCUACCUACCUACUCUACUUACCUACACAUCCUAUUUAUAAAAGCAUAAUAUCGAGGAUAUAAUAAUAUUAAUAUUAACAAUAUGAUAAGGAUGCUAUUGCUAAUCAUAAUUGAGUGGGUUUUUGUGAACACAUGAUAAUAUUUCAGUAUAAAAAAAAGAAAAAUUCUGGUUUUUUCCGUGCAAAAGAAAAAAAAAUGUAAUCAAUAAAAAGGGAAUAAUAAGAGCAUGAUAGAGAAAAGAAUAAAGACAAAAAAAGAUAAUUAAAAGAAGCAAAAGGAUAUGUUAUAUAUUACAUAUGUAUACACAUACAUACACACACACACACACACACACACACACACACACACACACACACAUACGUACAUAUAUGCAGAGAUACGAUUAAAGAAAGAGAGAGUUCGGCUUGCGGGGGCAAGGAAGCAUAACUUGGCUAAAGCGGAGACAGUUCACGGUGACGAGAUUCUUAGACUGAUCUAGGUACUAGCGUUUAUAUCGAUAAUACCACCGGCUCCGCCCCGGUUGAAAAGGCGCCCCAAGAAUAUGACUAUCAUAAUUCCCCUUUCCUAUUUUUCCACCGCCUCGCCCUAUGCCCAUUUUCCGCUCUCCGUCUUUCCCAAACUUUCCAUGCUCUCUGUUUAUCCCAAAUUUUCCACGCUCUCUAGCUCUCCCGCAUUCUCAAUCUUCCUUCCCUUCCUUUUUUAUACUUUGAUAAUCGGUGUGGCAGCUGGGGUGCCUGGGGUGGUUAUCGGUUGCAUUUUAGGAUAAUGCACCACACACACUGUGGCUGGCGAUGCCGUAGCCGUGCGCGCCUUUCUUUUUUUUGCCCGGCCAACGCCCCAAUUAAAGUAAUGACAAUGAUAAUAAUAAUAAUUCGCAGCACAUUAUAUUCUUUUUUAGGGGGGGGGGGGAUUGUUCACAUCAUACGGGGCGAUUAUAUUGCGAUUGGCCACCUCUCACGUGUCAGGCGGAUAUUGUGUGAUCUAUGGGUCGAAAACGUUGCGAACGUUAGUUCAAAGUGGCCCACGAGAACCACGUGUUUUUUUAAUUAUAUAUAUAAAUAUAUUAUAUAUUAUAUUCCUACGAAUAUGCAUUUUUGUGACGUGAUGUUAUUUAGCACUAAUUAACGAGAAAUCUUACAAUAACUAACGAAAGAUCCAAUAAGAAAAAAACACCGCCUCCAAAUCCCCGAAAAGGAAAGAGAAAAAGAUACAUAUGUAUAUAUCUCUUUUGCGCUACAUGUCAGCUCCGCGGCUAUAAAGCAGAUAUACAAAAUUUCUUAUCGCUAAAUUUUUCAUAUUUGCCGCUAAGUGUAUUUUGCGUUUUCUUUCGGAUUCUUUAAUUAUUCACCUCUUCUACCAAUUGCUUCGCUUUUUUAAUUCCCGCAAUUUUUAUUUCUCCAAGUUGCCCCUAAUUUUAGUGUGAAACGUAGUUAAACAUAAUGGUUAAUGAAUUUAAAAACGAAUGUUAUAACAUGGUUCCUUUUUUCGGGCUAGGAGCUUGAUUUAAAGUGUCAAAGAUUUUUGUGUAUGACCAGAUGUAUUCUACAUGUCUCAAUAAACAGUUGUAUGUGAAUUACCUUUCUUAAA